UGACGUCAGUCGGUGUCACAGCCUUCUAGGAGAGAGACGGAGGGAGAGACGGAGCGGAGCAGAGGCUGGAGAGCAGCGCGUCUCCCUCAGAGGUCUAGGGACGCGCCACUCGUGCGUAAAUCCUUGGCGCGGUCUCCGGAGCGCACAUGAAGCACGGAAAGAAAACAUCACCACCCGAGACCAUAAAUAACCAUCGUUAACCUUAUCUUGGGCACGUUCAGCCUAUAAAACUUAUUUAAAUUAUCUGCAACCGGGGGAGGAGAGAAUCAGAGGAGGAGGAGGGAGGAUAUCUUUGGCGAGGAUAAAUUCAACACCGGCAGACUGGAGGUGAUUUGGAGCCCGACAUAAGAACAGCAAAGUGACGGGAUGGAUCCGAGUGGAGAUACACAAACUGUCAGAUGUUUGUGAAGAGCUGGAAAGCUGCGACACAAAGCUGAGAGUGGAGCGCUCAUUCAGUGAGCAUGAAGCGGAGCGUCUGGCGCGUUUUCACGGGGACGCCAAACAGAUCCACGUUGUUCCACGGACGAACUCUCCUAAGGUGACAUUUUCUCCGGAGAAACUCCAUCUGACAGGAUUAUUAUUUAAGCAUUUGGCUUCCUUGCGUCACUCUGUAAGUGUCUGUCCAGUGUAAAUCGGGGAGGUAAGAGCGCAUGAGAACAGCUGCUUUUUGUAACAUCACAGAAACUGAAACAAAAGUGAAACUAAUGACUCUAAAUUAACAAGUGUGCCCGCUCUUAUCUUCUCAGUGACUUGCUGGUGGUCCCUGGACCUCAGAUUGAGAACUGCUGCUCUAAAGACUGGGCUGUUCUCUGUGGUCUGCGAGUGGUCAGAGGCUGAGCUUGUUUGCUGAACUGUGCAUUACUAACUUUUAAGGCUCACUGACAAAUGACUGGUGUGUCCUGUGUGGGAAGGUGUCUAAAACGGAAAACAAAGACAGUGAUGUUGUUCUUAAAAACUGAUAUUUAAUUAUUUGACAUCAGUGUAUAUUUGUCUCAAAAUACUCAGAGACUCUUAGCGUCUCUUCAAACAUGGAAAAUGCGUCAGUGCCCAUCGGUGCACUGCCGGUCUGCAACGACUCUGUGGACUUCUACUCAGGAAACCGCACUGACCUGAACUGUACUCCUCCCCCUGAGUUUUACUUCUACGCUGACCUUUAUGUCAUUUUACCAGUCAUCUACUCUGUGAUCUGCGCAGUGGGGCUGACAGGCAACACGGCUGUCAUCUAUGUAAUCCUCAAAGCCCCCAAGAUGAAAACAGUCACCAAUAUGUUCAUCCUGAACUUGGCCAUUGCCGAUGAUUUGUUCACUUUGGUGUUGCCGAUCAACAUUGCUGAACACUUGCUACACUACUGGCCUUUUGGUGAGGUUUUGUGCAAAGUCAUCCUCAGCAUAGACCACUACAACAUCUUCUCCAGUAUCUAUUUCCUGACAGUUAUGAGCAUUGACCGCUACCUGGUCGUUUGGGCCACGGUGAGGUCCAAGCGCAUGCCUUACCGCACCUACCGUGCAGCCAAAAUCAUCUCAUUAUGUGUCUGGAUCCUCGUCAUCCUCAUCGUCAUGCCUUUCACUGUUUUCGCCGGCGUCUACACAGACCCCAAUGAUGGGAGGAAGAGCUGCGUGCUCAGCUUCCCCAGCCCUGAGAGUUUGUGGUUCAAAGCAAGCCGGAUCUACACGCUCAUCCUGGGCUUCGCCAUUCCGGUCUCAACCAUCUGUAUCUUAUACACCAUGAUGCUCUACAAGCUGAGGAACAUGCGGCUCAACAGCAACGCCAAGGCGCUGGACAAGGCCAAGAAGAAAGUCACCAUCAUGGUGUUUAUCGUCUUGGCCGUCUGCUUGUUCUGCUGGACGCCGUUCCACCUCAGCACCAUAGUUGCUCUGACGACCGACCUGAGGACCACGCCACUCCUCAUCGGGAUCUCCUACUUCAUAACCAGCUUGAGCUACGCCAACUCCUGCCUCAACCCGUUCCUCUACGCCUUCCUGGACGACAGCUUCAGGAAAGCUUUCAAGAAGAUGUUGGAAUGUAGACCGGCCUGAAUGUACGACACAUGAAAGCUGUCGCAGAUGUUUGCAGAGUCUUACUGAGUGAGAACAGACUGUGGUGGAAGGACACGACUGGAAAAAUCUGGGUUUGAAUUUUAACUCUCAGUGUAUGUGAUGCAGAUUUAAUAUGUGUAUGGUUUGGUUAAAGCUGCACUGGGCAAUACUGUUUGCACAUGAUAGCAAUAGGUAGUACGACCCUAUGAUUCCCACGAUGCGAAAAACACGGAUGUAAUCGUAGAAUAUGACAAUAAAAAGUUAAAUCAGCUGUAAAACGCAGAAAAUCAUGGAAUUUGCCAAACUGUGGAUGCAGUUUGUAAAAAACAGGGUUUUCCCUACCUUGAUAAGUGUUUCGUAGCACCUAAGAUGAUUAGACAGGGAAAAUACUAUUCUGAUUUGUCACUGUGUCAUUUACAGGCUCCUUGCUUCUCUCCUCCUGCACACACACACACACACACACUGGGUGGAAAAAUUUCUGAGCUGUAUACACCCAGCUUAUCAGGCUCAUCUGCAGAACUUCGCCCUGCACUCUCUCAGACUUUAACAUCAGCUAGUUUGACCACGAAGUUGCGAGUGACAGAGUUGCGAGUCAUAGCGUCUGAUGUUUCUGCAGUCACUCACAUCUUUUCUGUCAAAUGCAUUUAAAUGGCCCAGGAUGCACAUAUGAUAACUUUUGUUUUUCAAGUGUUACAAAGUAAAAUUACAUGUAUGGAAAUCAGAUUACAUUCACAGAGAGAAAAACAGUUCCCUGCUCUCCUUAUGAAUUAAGAAAUCCAAUCAAUUGUAAGCAAGAUUACUUAAUUUUUUUAUGUUGGGUGGACAGCGUUACUGUUGGGUCCUGCAGUCAAUCAAAAGGCUGAGCACUUCACCAGUAGCAGCUAAACUGAGAGCAGAGCAACAUGAAGCUCAGAUGUGGAGCUUUUAUUUUUUAACAAGAGGAUGGUUUUGUUUUUUAACUGUAUCAAAGCACUUUACUGAUAUUAAAAAAGUCGUACAAUGUUUCAUUACAUCAAUUUUAUUGAUAUUAAUUACAUUUUUAUUAUUUUUAUAUUGAAUAGUUUAAAUUUUAUGUAUCUAUCACGUGAUUGUCAGGCCCAACCUGAAUCUGCAGAUUUUUGAAUUGUGUUCAGCGGUGAUCCAAAAUGCAGAAUUCUGCAGACUUUUUUUUCGUUUGCUCGUAAUGUGAUAAAUAUUAAUUUAUGAUAACAAUGGUUUUUGAACAAAAAUAACCUCACAUAAUACAGUCAAAUCUAAAAUGGCCUCAAGCAGGCUAAAAGAACAACUGUCGAUUUUAGAAACUUUGAAUCAGAAGGUUCAUUUAUUCAUGCAUACUUACAAAAAAAUUUAAACAUUUGUUGGAAAAGUUAAUCAACAAAAUGUGGGACACAUGGCCAUUAACAACCCAGUCUCACUCCUGUUGAAAUGUGGCGCUUGGGCACUGACUUGCAGCAUCAGACACUGACGAAAAAAGCUGUCCCUUAACAUCGACAAGAUGUGCAGCUGGUCGCCGUUAUAGUUUAAUGGCGUACGGCGGUGUCAGGGGGAAACACAGCAAAACAUGAAUGAAAGCUAAGGCGCAGAAAGUCCGAGUGGAUGGGUCAAACAACCACUGACUGUUGAGCUGAUUGGGUGUCACUGUAGAGUCAUCACUUCCUGUGGGCGGAGACUAUCUCCUGCCAGCACCAGUGGUUUUUGUCACAGCUGGACUGUUUGUAUUUUUGCAGAAUUUGCCUAGUGCAGUUUUUAUGGCUCUGAGAGCACAGUGUGUGUGUGUGUGUGUGUGUGUGUGUGUGUGUGUGUGUGUGUGUGAGUGAGAGAGAGAGAGAGAGAGAGAGAGAGUCAUUAAAGUUAAUAGAAAGGGGCAGUGCUGCUGCAGUAGGUAAUGAUAAUGGUCGACAUACAGGACAAUAACUGCAUUAAGAAAAACAACAGCUCGUUAAGCAGUAACUUUCAUCAGAAUUGCCUAUCAUCACUGCGUCUGAAGAACUGGCCGUGAAAUCUGUUUUCCAAGUUAAGACUGCAAUUAUAGUGUCAGCCCUUUUUUCACGACGGUAAAAAAUCCAAUUAUGAGGCAGCGAGCUGAGCCGGGUUGCUGGAAACAGUCGUGACCUUCACUGGACUCCGUCUGAACAGAGGAGCGCCUCUGAAAGGUGGAGAAAAUACAGUUCAACACAGUGUCAUUGAUUUGCACGCUGUCAAUCAAAUCAACAUCAUGCGAACAGUCAGGGUUGGAGGGGAGCAGGAUGCACGUCAGGGGAUGACGGGUGAUCGUCCGUCACAAAAACUGAAGAGAAAAAGUUUUUAGAAUCAAAACUAGUGGGACUUGAGAAAUGUUGUGUGAUCAUGUAUGCAAACACUUAAACUGCCUUUAAAUGACGUUGUGUUUUGAGGAAUCUCAAAGGAACCAAAUGAUGCAUUUUGUGGAUUGCUUUUUGAGUUCUGUUUUUUGGGGGGCAAAUAAGCAGGUUACAGAGAUCCAUUUGCAAAAUAUGAUCUGAACAAUGAAAAGGUUGAGGUCUUUAAAUGAUGGUACUGUUUGGAUGAAGAUGUUCUUGUACACAUUAUUUUUCUCCAGAAUGUAUAUGAACCACUUAAGAAAUGAAAAAGGAACCUUACCAACCCUGACAACAGUACUGUAGGCCUGAUACGAGACAGGCAUGGGACAGGAGGGCUAUGUAAAAUGUAAUGUUUUUCGUCACCUCUUAUUUUUUUGUAAGCUUGUGUCGCCCCCUGCUGUCAACAGGGUGGUGCUACCUUAACAUGCAGCCAGAGCCAUUUACAGAGUUUGUGCAAAGACUCACCUGAGGGGAGUUACACAGUUUCACACAUCGUGUGUCAGUGUCUGUGACAUCUAUAAAGAUUAUCUACAAUUUCUGUUUUCAUUUCAUGGAGAUUUGUGAACAGCAUCUUUUCUCAUAUCUUGCAUGUCAUCAGUUAAUUCCCAGCUGUAAAGUCUUUUUUAAGAGUCUCUGCAGUUCAGUGAGAUUCACGAUCUUCCUGUGCACAUUCAGCAUUUAUCUCCACCCAGAGUUCCUGUGUACAGUUAAACACACGAAGACGUUGAAAACAUGAUGGCAUUGUGCCACGGAGAGGAAACAACAGAUGGAUUUGAGGCCUCACAGCGUGAAGUUACAGUAUCAAUUAAAGGAGAUACAUGUGGGUAAGAAACCCGCAAAGAAAACUAUUUUCAGAAAUAAUAUAAUUUGAUAAGAUGUAUGAGUAUAUGGGACACCUACAUUUGGUAGCUUGCAAGAGAUCUGUAGGACUUCAAGCAGGGUGUCCGAACUUUUUUGAAUGCGGCCCAGAUAAGAUAAUGUCAAAAUGCCUGGGGGCCAGCUGCUGCUUGCAUCACAUACAGAUGAGACAAACUCAACAGUGAAAAAGAGUUUACACGACUUUACACCUGUUAGCUGUAGCCAUGUCUGCUGCCUCACAGGAAAUGUCUGCUGUACUUUUGCUUCUUUAUUGUCUGUUAAUGAAAACAACUCAGUCCUGUCUGUGUAAGUCCUACUUGGUGCAUGUCUACAAACUGCUGACAAAAAAAUGCAAAGAGAUCUUGUUUGAUUAAUCAGUACUGCGUGGUGGGCCACAUUUUUAACAGCAAGCCAUAGACCAUUAAAAAUCAUGCCGUGGGCCACAAUUGGCACCCGGGCCAGACUUUGGACAUGCCAGACUUAAAGGAAUACUUGACCCACAAAAUAACCACUUGUAUAUCAGUUACCGACUGUAUGUUACAAACAAUUUGUUAAGAAAACUUUGCUUUUCUCGCUUUCCUCCAUGGCGAAUGGAGAAUCCAAAAAGACAAACAUUUUUUACAUCUGUGGACAAACUGUCACACAACCCGUGCAGUAUAUCCCAAGUCUCAUUUAUCCAGUCUUAGGAUCAGUGCUUUCCAAACACAUGCAUUUCCAGCAAAACAACCCGUCAGUACAAACAGUCUCAUGCCUGGGCCGAUGUUCGAACUCUCCUCAAGCACAGCUCAUAUGCAUGCGUGUGCUCAGAGAGCGCCACCUGUGGUGUUUUAUAGUGUGUUUGGGAAGAACUGAGCAUACGAGUAGAUUAAUGAGUUUGUGAACAGAUGCUUUGAUAUAGUUUUGCUGUUGUUAAACUCAGUCGCUGUUUACUUCAGUACAUGAAGAAUGUUUGCUUUUUUUGGAUUCUUCAUUCACUGUGGAGGCAAACAAAGCUUUAUUCACAAAUUCAGGGUUAAACACGGUGUUGAAUUGAUAUGUAAAUGACCCUUUGGCUGGUGACACAUUCUUUUAAAUGCAUUUAUUUGAUGUUUUCUUAAUUGAAAAAUGAUUUACGGUCUUUACCACCAUAGCUAUGUAAUGUGUUUGAAGCUUCCUCUGGGUGCUUGAACGUUGCACACAAAACAACUUCAUGCUCAAAUCUAAAAGAGGGAUUCAAAAAUCUUUUGAGACUUUUGAGAGGUGGAAAAAAAAAGAUUUAAGGCUAUGGUUUAAGAUUUAUUUUAGAUUUGACCAACCAGUAAGAUGUAAUCAGAUUACUCACUAAUUUCCACUGUUGUUGCUGCUGCUCUCUGCAGUAUCUUUUAUAAAUUUCCACAAUGACAAUUCUACCUUUGAAACGUGUACAUGCAGGUAACACGUAGAUGAUGCAACGUUUAAUCACCAGUAACAAACAUGCUGCAUUUAAACUCUUGAUUUUAACUUUGAUUUGACCAUAAUUUUCUUUUCUUUUAAAUCAAAUUGUAACAUUUUUUUUUGUUUCUGCUUGUCCCAGCACGUCACUGCUGGCAUGUGAUGCUCUUAUUGAGACUAUACCAUGCCGUCAAACAGAAAUACUCAGAUAAAUGUCAACAUGUGUCAUUUUAUGAACAUUUCUCCAAACAUUUGGUUUCUUUGGUUAUUUGAGAUCUGUUUUGUGAAGCCUGACAAAACACAUUUUUGUGAAGAAGGAUAAACAGUUAGAUCUUGUGCUCAUUUAUCCGUCAUUUAUCUUCUGUCUCCAGUGUUGUACAAUUUAACAGUGCAGAAUAUUACAGUCAGUGUACAAACAAACUUCUUUAAAUUCUUUGAAUGCUUUUGAAUAUUACACACUAUGCGCUUUAAAAUGUAAAUCUUCACAGUGACAGUGUAACUCCUCUGAUGGCUAUGAAAUGAGCAAACACCACUUCCUGUCAUAGAUGACAUCAGCUUGCAGCAGCAGUUUAGUGAGUAUGUGAUUAAACAUCAGCUUCGUCUGUAUGGCUCUGACUGCAACAACAGAAACUGUUGUGUAUUUCCUGCUGUACAUAGAUCAGUUCUUUUGCCAUUUAACUGUACAGUCAUAGGAAUGUAAAGUCAAAUAUUCUUCAUAAUAAAAAACUGGUGUGACACAAAUGAGAACUGUUGUAAAAUUUGAGUUAAAUAUUCUGAAUCAUUGUCUUUUAUGCAGCCUGUAAUUAAGAAGUAUGACAUCUGAUAUUUGUGUAAAUGUUUCAUGUCUGUCAAUCCCUGUUAAUGAGUUCAUAAAUAUAAGUUUAUUUUCCCACUGGUACUCAUGUGUUUUUGAUAUUUUAGA